AUGUCAACAACUCAAGAAGACCAGAUGCUGUCCUCAACAGAGAACAGUGACGAAGAAGCCACCACGCCAAUCAACCAGACCGCAAACAUCGCAGACGUCCCCUCUCCGCCUGAUUCACAACAACGCGAAACGCGCAGCAGCAGCAACAUGCCCACCUCCGCUUCAGGCUCUUCCAUUGCGAACUCGAACGGCAAACGCCCGCUGCAGACAAUCUCUAACGGAGCAGACGAUAUGGAAGAACUUCAAGCCAUGGCGAAUGGUAAGGCCAGAGCUGAUCAGGUGGUAAAGACACAUGCGAGCGGAUACCAAUUCUCUCGAGUCGAGGACGAGCCUGGCUAUGCCUGGCUUAACAAGAAGGCACAGGAUGAGUACAAACGGGCAUGGGACCAGCUGUCACACAAGGAAGCAAUGGUCAACAAUCGGUUCGGUGACAUCUUCGAGAUGGUCGAGAAAGAGCGCGCAAUUACUGCCAGCUUGAAGCAGAAGUAG